ACGAAAAUGCUGCUUACGAGGCAAACAACCUUAGCCGGCGUCAUCCGCAAAACGACGUCGUCACUAUCUCUCACAAGUCUUCCUUCCCACUUGCACUCUCUCUCUCUCUCUCUCACUCCCUCACUCACCGGUCGCCGAAUCUUUCUCCGCAUCCGCAACCACCACCGCCGUAUCCUCCUUUGCUUCUUCAACCGAUGGAUCGGCCGGCGACCGGACCUGGCGUGGACAUGCCGAUCAUGCACGAUAGCGACCGCUACGAUUUCGUUCGGGAUAUUGGCUCCGGGAAUUUCGGCGUCGCAAGGCUUAUGAGGGAUAAACAGACGCAAGAGCUUGUUGCUGUCAAGUAUAUUGAACGCGGAGAUAAGAUUGAUGAAAAUGUUAAAAGAGAAAUCAUUAAUCACAGGUCUCUAAGACAUCCUAACAUUAUCAGGUUUAAGGAGGUUAUUUUAACACCUACUCAUCUGGCCAUUGUAAUGGAAUAUGCAUCUGGUGGAGAACUAUUUGAGAAAAUCUGCAAUGCAGGGCGUUUUAAUGAGGAUGAGGCUCGUUUCUUCUUUCAACAACUCAUAUCUGGGGUCAGCUAUUGUCAUGCAAUGGAAGUGUGUCACCGGGACCUGAAGUUGGAAAACACGUUGUUGGAUGGAAGCCCGGCGCUUCAUUUGAAGAUAUGUGAUUUUGGAUACUCCAAGUCUUCCGUGCUUCAUUCACAACCUAAGUCAACUGUGGGAACUCCAGCAUAUAUUGCUCCAGAAGUAUUGCUGAAGCAAGAGUAUGAUGGCAAGAUUGCAGAUGUCUGGUCAUGUGGAGUAACCUUGUUUGUGAUGCUAGUGGGAUCAUAUCCUUUUGAAGAUCCUAAUGAUCCAAAGGAUUUCCGGAAGACAAUUCAGAGGGUUCUCAGUGUCCAGUAUUCCAUUCCAGACAAUGUUCAAGUAUCUCCUGAGUGUCGCCACCUUAUCUCAAGGAUCUUUGUUUUUGACCCUGCAGAGAGAAUCACUAUUCCUGAAAUAUUGCAAAAUGAAUGGUUUCUGAAAAAUCUUCCUCCUUACUUGAUGGAUGAAAAGAUCAUGGGUAACCAAUUUGUAGAAUCAGAUCAGCCCAUGCAGAACAUUGAUACGAUCAUGCAGAUAAUUUCAGAAGCCACCAUACCAGCUGCGGGGACCUAUUCUUUAGACCAGUUUAUGGCUGAUAACAUAAUAGAUGAUGACAUGGAUGAAUUAGACUCUGACUUUGAGCUUGAUGUAGAUAGCAGUGGGGAGAUAGUGUAUGCCAUAUAAUUUAAUCAUCGUCUGCAUUUUAGAGACAGCAUAAUGAAUGGACAGCAUCUUAAUAUUCAACAGGGCAAUCUCCCUUAAUUUAAUCAAGGAAAGAGAAAGUGUGGAGAUCGUAUUUCCUGUAAGAUUGGAUGAUACACAAAGUUCAUCAUGUUAAUUUGUAUGUUGUAUACUUCGUGAACUGCCGAGGGAAGGAACAUGAUUCUUACACUCAGAAGGGUUGGUGGCUGAGAAAUCAUAAUUACCCUUUCCUCUUUUCCUGUUGAAUACUUGUUUUAUAUCAUAUAUAUACACUAGCCUUUUUGUUGUCUCUUGUCAGUUAUAUUGGUGUCAGGAUUCUUGUUUGCAUAUACAUCAGCCUUGUGACCAUUCCUUUAGGAGUUCUUGUGUUUAUCCUGUGAUCUAGAACAUCUCAUUCCUGUUCACCAUUUCAGUUUAUUUUUUGCAUAUUUUCGUUUC